CGACAAUGUUUCACGUGUUGGCCGCCAUGUUCUCGAACCCACAGCACCAGCACUUGCAGGCGGCCUCCUUUGGUGUCGCAGACUUUGUCACUAAUCCGGAAUCACCCGAAGCCGAGAACUACGAGGCGUUACUCAGUUUAGCCGAACGACUGGGUGAGGCCAAGCCCAGGGGGUUAGCCCGCAGUGACAUCGAGCAGUUGCCGUCGUAUCGCUACAAACCAGAGAACGCUCACGAGUCGGAUCAGACCACUUGUGUGGUGUGUAUGUGUGACUUCGAAGCCAAACAAAACCUCAGAGUUCUUCCCUGCGCUCAUGAAUUCCACGUCCGAUGUGUCGACAAAUGGCUGAAGACCAACAGGACGUGUCCCAUAUGUAGGGGCGACGCCUCGCUUAAUGAUCACGAAUCCGAUUGAUCUGAUUUGAGUGCCAUUUAAUACAAUUUAAUGCAAGUUCUCAUCACAUAAUCACAAC